AGAGUGAUACCUGUGAUGAUGACUGAUUAUGACAUACAACAGUUCUAGCUAGCUAAGAGUGAUACCUGUGAUGAUGGCUGAUUAUGACAUACAACAGUUCUAGCUAGCUAAGAGUGAUACCUGUGAUGAUGGCUGAUUAUGACAUACAACAUUCCUAGCUAGCUAAGAGUGAUACCUGUGAUGAUGGCUAGCUAAGAGUGAUAUCUGUGAUGAUGGCAGAUUAUGACAUACAACAGUCCUAGCUAGCUAAGAGUGAUACCUGUGAUGAUGGCUAGCUAAGAGUGAUACCUGUGAUGAUGGCUGAUUAUGACAUACAACAGUUCUAGCUAGCUAAGAGUGAUACCUGUGAUGAUGGCUGAUUAUGACAUACAACAGUUCUAGCUAGCUAAGAGUGAUACCUGUGAUGAUGGCUGAUUAUGACAUACAACAGUUCUAGCGAGCUAAGAGUGAUACCUGCGAUGAUGGCUAGCUAAGAGUGAUACCUGUGAUGAUGGCUAGCUAAGAGUGAUACCUGUGAUGAUGGCUGAUUAUGACAUACAACAGUGCUAGCUAGCUAAGAGUGAUACCUGUGAUGAUGGCUGAUUAUGACAUACAACAGUCCUAGCUAGCUAAGAGUGAUACCUGUGAUGGCUGAUUAUGACAUACAACAGUCCUAGCUAGCUAAGAGUGAUACAUGCGAUUAUGGCUAUUUGUUAUAUACAAAUGAAAUGUAGGUCACCUUGGUCGCUACAUUUAUAUUAACUCUGGUUGCAUUUGGUUCCAUUGUCAUCUAAAUAACAGGAUUUACAAAUAUUUCGCCUUUCCUCGGGAAAACGCCAGAGCCCAUGAGACAAUUAUCAUGCUCAACCCUACUUUCUUGCAACUCGCUUAAAUCAUGAUAUAACAGUUAGCAAAAUUAAGUAAUAUAAAAAAACUUUAAGAUUGAAAUAAUAUCUCAAUUGAAGUCUUUCCAAAUUUCCUUCAAAUCAUUGAUUUUUGUUUUAAUUCAUACAUCAGUUUUACCACCAGCUCGAGCAUAAAAUGUGCCCCAGAGUACGGUUUCAUGGAUCAUGGAAACCAGAGACUUGAUUUAUCUCACAAAAUGAAACUGUGUUAUAACGUCUGUCAUCCCGUGUAGAUAAUUCUACUGAAGCCCGUCCUCAUUACUACCGAUGAUUAAUUAUUUCAACUCCACCGUGGUUCGCUUGGUUGUUACUCGUCCGCCUCAGGGACAAUCAGAAGUAUGGCCUCUGUUGGAAUCUAUUGUAUUCUAGUGUUUUUUAUGCUCCUCUUGGGGGAUAUAAACCCAGUUUGCGGAAUCCUGGAGAAAAAGGUGGGCGACUGGCAAAUGAUUUACCGGGCGCGGAGUAGGAAUGGUCAAUCCGUGGUGAACAGCUAUAUGAAACAGGGCGUGGCAAGCGAACAGACUGAAACAAACCCUCGCUGUGUUUCUGUUAAUGGGCGGGACCAAUGCAGGACUAAUUACCGACACAGCAUGAUUGACAGAUGGGACAGCUCAGGAGUUCAAAAGGUAAGACUUGAACUAUACAAGGAAGGAGAACUGGUGGCACAUGUUGUAUUUAACGGCAAGUCCACCACAUCGACAAGCUGGUUCAGUAAGGAAAACGUGCUUUCCUCAAACUGGUUCGACCUCAAGGAGCCAAACACGGAAGAAGGAAAACAGUUCUCAUUUUUUGGAUACAGCAACAACGACAUCGACCGUCGCCUGUACAUCAACAAGCAUUGGAAGGGAGGCUGCAGCUUCCACAAGGGUUGGAUGGUGGUUGUCGAGGGAUUGGCCCGUGGUAACGGUUGUAACUAUGAGGUGUCCUUAUCGUACCCUGUCUUCCUCUACACUCCACACACAUACGCGGACUUCUACGGUGACUUCAAACGUGAAGCAGAUGUAUUGGUCAUCUCCGUGAUAGCUAACCGAGUGAACGCCGUGUAGGUGGACCUUCAUCUGGAUGUUACACUACCCAACAGUGGACAUAAUGUAGCUGGAAACAUAAUCUGGUGCUAUCUCCAGUCAUUUCAAACUAUCUUGUUCCUCUAACGAGUCGAGACAGAAAAGUACAAUGAUGUCAUCAGGUUGAAUAUCUUCGUCACUGACAUCCACGUAAUAUACUUCAGAUUACUACUGUCUCACAAUAUUAAAGAGUAGUUCCACAUGUUGGCGAUUCAAGACCAAUAUACAAUCAAAGACAAAGACCAUAUUGAUAAAUUUGUAUCGAUACAAAUAUAUACCAUUUUAGUCAUUACAUGUUACAAAGGUAAACUAUCAUAAAGGGAAAUACAAAACU